AUGGCGCAAGUUCCCGUGCAGGUGAUCGUCAGAGAUCCCCAGUUGUUCUACUGGAUCCUCUUCCCGAUUACCAUUGUGAUGGUACUCACCGGUGUCCUCCGACACUAUGCCUCCGUGAUGCUCGCCCCCGCGGCCAAGAAGAUCGACGCAAAGACCAUGCGCGAACAGCGCUCGCUGGCCCGCGGCAUCGCUCUCCGCACCAACUACCACUCCCUCACCAAGAAGUCCUUUGAAGCCCGACGCGAGACCCUGACCGCCAACUACGAGUCCGGCGCAUACCUGAAGGAGCCUGACAGGAAGGGUCAGCCUCCCGCCAAUCCUCUGUCCGACCCCUCCCAGAUGGACGGCAUGAUGGGCAUGAUGAAGAAUAACAUGGCUAUGAUCAUCCCCAACACCCUGAUCAUGAGCUGGAUCAACGCCUUCUUCAGCGGCUACGUUAUCAUGAAAUUGCCCUUCCCCCUCACCAUCAAGUUCAAGAGCAUGUUGCAGGCUGGUGUGCAGACCAAGGACAUGGAUCCCCGAUGGAUGUCUAGCAUCAGUUGGUACUUCCUCUGCAUCUUCGGUCUGCAGUUUGUCUACGUGUUUCUUCUUGGAAGCGACAACGCCGCCAGCCAAGUUGCGCAGCAAAUGCAAGCUCAGCAGAUGCCCAACCCCAUGGGUGGACCUGGACAGGACCCCGACAAGCAAUUCAAGGCCGAGGCUGAGAACCUUGCCGUCGUCGACCACUACUCUGUGUUGGAUGACGUUACGGACCGAUUUCUAGAGGGUAUCAAGGCGUAG